UUGUUAUUUUGCUUAUUUUCCCACACUAGUCUUUGAUUUAGAGACUUCAGCUGAGCUAUCUUCCAGAAUGGGCAACGACGAAUCGCGGCCCAAAUAUGCUACUCCAAAAACAGUUACCCCGGAAGGCGUGCAUGUCGGCGCUCAUAGCGGCUUCCCCGACGACCCCGUGCCGUACGCAGGUAGUCCAUUGGAGUACUGUUUUGUCAACAUCGAGGCUAAACUGAAAGCUAAAGUUCAACUUUCGUUAGCCCGACUCAUCAAGACAAACAUCGAUGAGUACUAUGACGUGAUCUCCCAGCCCUACACUCAUGGAUUUCUCAUGAACCAGUUCCAGUCCAUCCCUGGUGCCUUGAAGGAAAAAGAAUUCAGCUUAACUUCCUUUAAGACAUUCCAGGCUAUCCUGUCGCGACCUAUCAGCGCACCACCGUCUCAGGAGCGAUGGCAGCUGCGGGUUGAGAAAAGUUUCCUAGAGACACAGACGAUCAUAAAGUUUUUCUCGUCAUCAAACACACUGUCGGACACCUCGGACAUACACCAGAAGAUAAACGCACUUACAUCGCAGGGCGGGCGCUUGGUAUGCGUCGAAAUGACUGGUCACCAUGAAGGCAAAGAGUUCAGCGUGCUAAUGUCAGGAACCCCGGGAAUGCAAGGUGUGGAUCUAUUCUUCAACAUGCCGCUGCACCCGAACCCACAGAUCUACGUCUACCAGGUCAUCAGCGUACCGGUGAAGUUCAAACUAAAGAUGUCGCACAUCAAGGUGUACCCUUCCGACUUCAUUGGCCAAUUUAACGCUUUCUUAGAGAGGGGCUGGAAACUAGUGGAGAUCAAUUUUGACUGUUCCGAAACGUCCAAAGGUUUCCUGUCGGAGCGUUCGACUCUAAACUCCAUCUGGUUCUUUGAGAAGGAAGAAUCUAAGAUGCACGGCGAGGUUCAAGAAUGGGAAGGGACCAUUGUGGAAUACGAACACAAAUGGGCGGUCUCAUAUAGUGGUGGCACCCGAGCCAAGACCAAUUGGGACUCCGUGGUGGUUGAGAUGGGCCAGCGGGGCUGGGAGCUAGCCUGCCUCGUGCAAUCACCCGAGAGCUACAUCAUAUCAAUGACCCCAAUGAAAGUGGCCAUGAAGGUCCUCAUGUUCUUCCAGCGUAAAAUCAUGCAGGCUGUCGGAGCCGUUGGGUGUGUCACGCCCCCUCACCCUGGACAAACCCCACCCCAGGGGAAUUAUCCCCAAUCACAGAAGAGCUACCCCCCACCCCAGGGGAGUAAUCCUACACCCCAUGAGAGUAAUCGCUUACCCCAGGGGAGUACUCAUCCACCCGAGGGGAGCUACCCAUCUCCAUCCCAGGGGAGCAAUCCCCCACCUCAGGGGGGGUAUCUCCCACUCCAGAGGAGUAACCCACCAGCCCGUAUCAAUAGUCCCUCAGCCCGGGGAAGUAAUCCCUCGACCAAUCCCACAUCCCAGGGGAGUAAUCCCUCGACCUGGGAGAGUUAUUCCCCUCCCCAGGGGAGCUAUCCACCACCCCAGGGGGGUUAUCUCUCCCCCCAAGGGGGUUAUCCCUCACCACAGGGGAGUAAUUACCAACCCCAGGGUAGCUGUCACCCAAGUACCGAGGGCGGUUAUCCCCCACCCAGGGGAGUGAUCCCCCACCCCACGGGAGUGAUCCCCCACCCCAGGGGAGUGAUCCACCACCCCAGGGGAGUGAUCCCCCACCCCAGGGGAGUAAUCCCCUACCCCAGGGGAGUGAUCCUUCAUCCCAGGAGAGUUAUUCCCCGCCUCAUAGCCCCAACCCCUGGGAGGGCAUUCCCCGCACCAAGCGGGUAAUCCCCCGACCCAAGACGAGCCUCCCCCCAGCCGAGGGGCACUACCCUGGAACUCCCCAACAGGACGAAAAAAAGUGAGUGAAAUUUGAGAAAGUACGGAUUCAAAUUACACUUUAAGUGUCAAAAUCCUAAACUGGAAUGGAAUACAAUCUUGCAACCGGCUUAUGUCUACAUCACUGUUUAAAGGGAAUAUACA